AAUAUGCUGCCACGUACACACACACGCGAGCCACAUCUCUCGGAAUCUCAAAUGGGCUGUUGCUGCGAUCAAAACGACGUCGGCGAGUCCCUCACGGAACCUCUCGCCGGCGACGAAGCCAUCUCCGCCGUCAUCUUCGUCUCCGAUUUCUCCGCCGUCACGAUCUCGCCGAUGAACUCUCACUUUAUGGCCCUAGCGUGCCGCGACACGUUGCGGCUGAUCUUCCAGAAGCUUUCGGUGGCCGAUUUGGCCCGCGCGAGCUGCGUCUGCCGUCUCUGGAACUCCGUCUCCGGAGAGGAAGACAUGGUGGUUCGGGCUUUUACUUCACCGUGGCGGAUCAAGGAGGUGGUGGGGAAGCCGGCGUCGGGAUCGUUCUGGAGAGACAAUGGGAUCUGGAAGUUCGCGAUCUCGCAUAGGAUUUCGCGUGGAGAUAGCGUCACAAGCCUCGCCGUCAAAUACUCGGUCCAGGUUAUGGACAUAAAGCGGCUGAACAACAUGAUGAGUGACCAUGGGAUUUACUCGAGAGAAAGAUUGCUUAUCCCUAUAAGCAACCCGGAUAUUCUCGUGAACAGCACUUGCUACAUUGAGCUAGACACUUAUGCUAAACGAGAAGUAGCCGUGCUUUACCUUGAAGGAGGACCCGAAAGCGGGCCUGCCUCCACGUUGAAUCUAUCCACCUUAUCAGCCGAAGGAAAGCGAAGGUUAAUCAAUUCUUUAAGGAGAAGCAUGCAAGUGGAUGAUGGAACUGCUCAGUACUACUUGGCCGUCGCAGAAGGGAAUCCCCGUGCCGCUUUUUCCGAGUUCUCAGCUGAUCUCAGGUGGGAGAGGCAGGCUGGCCAAAGCUAGACACUGAAAAAAAUAGCAUUCUCAGACAGCCAACUCGAGGUAAACGCUGUCUCUUGCAGGGUGUGAGAUCACUCCUCAGUAUAUUUUUAAGCUUGGAUUCAGACAGGAGACAUCGUUGCUCAUAUAACUGAACAGAGGUAAAUAUGGAUGAAUAUAUAUAUAUAUAUAUAUAUAUGUUUAUAUCUAUGUGCUUGUUUGUGUUUUCUACGUAGUUGCGUUUGGUAGAAAUGCCUGAAUCCUUGAACAGAGCUUUGAGCAUUAGACCCUUGAUUCAGCAACAGUUGUGUCUGAGAGGAAAGUUGAAAAAUAAAAAUCCACGAUUUUAAAAUAUAAUUUUAGUACAUCAGUUAUAUCAAAAUGUUAAAUCUAGCAUUGGUUAAAGCCGCCACUUGGGAAUUUAUUUGUUGAAUAAAAUGACCAUUUCAUUGA